AUGCCAUCUCGAUCAGGGGACUCUUAUGCGUCGCUACUGGUCUCAUUAGGUUGGUAAAGAAACUUGAUGUAAACAAGAUAAAUACACUUACUAUAGGUGACUGGAAAAGCUAUAUUUUCCAGCUUGAGGCUCUGAUAAAUAAGCAGUUGUGGGAAAUAAAAGUUUUUAUUCUCCCUACAAGAGCAGAAAAAUAUCAUCUUUUUUCUUAAGCGGUUUCAAUUAAUUCUCAGUUUAACUAAUCAAAAAAUAUUCUGUAAAAGUACCUGAAUGUGAUAGUGGGCGAAUAUCUCCUACAAGAGCAGAAAAAUAUCAUCUUUUUUCUUAAGCGGUCUCAACUCUCAGUUUAACUAAUGAAAAAAUAUUCUGUAAAAGUACCUCAAUUUGAUAGUGUGCGAAUAUCUGCAUAUUUUUUUUCUUGAUUCGGUUUCUUUGAUGAUGUUGGUAUAUUGAAGAUGAGGUUUUUAAAAACGCUUGAAAAAUGUCUUACUCGGUGUUAUUGCUUUGUGUUUCUGAUUUCACAAACUAGGGAGUUAAUCCAGACGAAAGAAAAAAAAUGUACUAAGGAAGAGUCACAGUACUGCUUUUCUCGGUUCCUGUUUCCAAUCGUCAGAAAAGUGACUUUGUCAGAAACGAGUAUAAACAGUAGUUUCACAAAGGUUAAAAAAAACUGAGAUAUUUCUAACUAAGUAGUAUUGUUUUAGAUAUUAUAACUAACCAAGAAUUAGGGGCUGUGAGUAGGUUAACCUAAUCAAACAAGGCUGUGUGCUUGGCGUUCAUCCGUUCUUGGUGUAUUUCAGGCCAGCAUGGUCAAAGUACCCUGGGAAAGGUGCGCGUUGGACCAGCUGGUCCCCCUGGGCCUCCUGGGACACCUGGGCCAGCUGGGCCAACCGGAAAAACUGGAGCUACUGGACUAUCAGGACCUAAAGGUAAAAUUAUCUGUUGUUUCUUUCUUGGUGUUGCAAACGGGUUAAUUACCAAAUGACGUAAUUCAUGCAAAAGAUUGAAAAGACACUAAAUAAUACCCACACCAAAACACAAGAGCGAAAAAGCAAUAGUAUUCGAGCUGGCUCCAUGGCACCGAACUAAGGAAUUAAAAGCGCUCGUAUCUAAUUAAAUUAAACUUUCUGGCAAUGAAAUACCCAAUAACGUUGUUGAGUGCUCAGCAUGAGGUCAUUCUUCACAGGGGAAGCGGGAAAACCUGGAACCAACAAGCCAUUCCCAGGCCCUCCUGGUCCUAAAGGAGACCAGGGAGCAGUUGGGAAGACUGGAGCCCAGGGACCACAAGGUGCAAAAGGAGAAAAGGGACAGGAUGGAGCUGGGACAUCAGGGGUGAAGUACGUUCGCUGGGGAAGAACCACCUGUCCUAGUGGCGCUCAGGUAGUUUAUAAAGGUAAGAGAAUGGUCAUCCAAAUAGUAAGGGUUAUUGAACUCUACUGGUCAAUGCAAAUAGGUUCUUAAGAUGUAGAGUGACUAGCGAAUAUUUCUAUAUCUAGUAAUUCUUUUCCAGUAUUAUUACGCUUAUUACAUUCAACGUCUUUGCUGCUCUCUUUUUCCAGACAACUUUAUUCCCUGUCUUUGAAACAACCAUGAAAAAAGAAUUGCACUAGAUCGUUUUUUACGGCCAUUCGGGACGUAAUAUAGAGUUAUUAAUCAAGUUAAUUUUGCUCCUGGCACUAGGUAUAAUGGGUGGAGGAGGCUACGCUCACCCUGGUGGUGGGGCGAAUUACCUCUGCCUUCCACACAAUCCAAAAUAUGACAAGUACAAAAAUGGCCAUCAGCAUGAGGCAUACGUGUACGGCACUGAAUAUGAAGUGAGUCAAUACAACGGAGACCCUUUUAAGAAAAAUCUUCACAAUCAUGAUGCGCCAUGCGUUGUCUGCUUCGUCAAGUCACGUGGCUCAAUGCUGAUGAUGCCCGCGAGGAAUGACUGUCCAUCUGGCUGGACCGAGGAGUAUCAUGGGUAUCUGAUGACUGGUCAUCAAAGCCACAAGCAUUCAAGUGAAUUCGUCUGUGUUGAUGGGGAUCCGGAGUAUGUUCCUGGUAGCCAUGCUGACAAAAAUGGUGCUUUGCUGUACGCUGUGGAAGGUUUUUGUGGCUCACUCCCGUGUCUUCCUUAUGUCGGCGGUCGAGAGUUGACAUGCGCUGUGUGUACCAAGUGAUGAGGGGUUUACAACAAGCUGCAACGUCAAAAAAAAGGAUAAUUAUAUUUGAUUCGAAAUAUCAUAAUACGCCAUUAAGUUAAAAAAAACGUGAAGGAAAGUCCAUUGUAGCAUAACACGAGCUACAUGUACAAGUAAAAACAAUAAAAAUAAAAGAUAAUCAGUCAGAAAAAACAAUAUGUUACUUUACUGGGAAUCUUUAAGCUACUACAUCCUUUUACCUUGUCCGAAAUCAAGGAAGAAAAGCAUUUCAAAAUACUUUGACGCUUAUACGCAGCAAAUUAUAGAUUUUUUUAAAUGGCAAUAAACGCAUGUUCGUCAUUGAAUACACCACAAAUUUUGUUUUUAUGCUAUUAUUUCGGCUAUUUUGAUUUAACUGUACUGCGAGC